AAUACUAAAAUAAUCCGCACGAGGGCGCCAACGUUUCAAACGUGGAAGGCGUUUAUAACUAACGUGAUUGAACUGCCAUCGUUUUCUUACUUUGACGGACUCUCACCAGGUCUUCUUUCCCUUUAAUUUCAGGCAUAACUUCGGAAAUCUCGGCAGGUUAAACCAAAUUUACAGCAUAACUUUAACAACCAACUCAGUAUCAAACAAAAGCCCAACCGGAGCGCAACAAAGUGUCAAUCACACUCACAAUAGUCCUUUCACGCAAUCGUCUUGUUUCGUUUGGAAACCUGUCUGCUGCAUCCAGCGACGCGAUGCGACCAACGCGGAACGCUUCCGAGUGUAUGAAGUUACUAAUUAGCAGUUUUGUAGCGUCACGUCGCGUCGCUCUCAGCGUAACAUCGUCUUUAAGAGAUUUUAAUAGGAUUAUGAUCGUAAAUCUCCUCGUCCGUCAGUGUCGUGUCACUGGAUACAAUUGUCACUUUCUUUCGAGCGUGUUCAGACGCGUUUACUGUAGAGGCGGAGCUGGAGCGCGUACAGUGCUCAUAUUAUCGCUUCAUAACGCGUGGACUGGAGUAUAAAACAGUGAAUGGGGAAGCUCAAGUUCACAGUUUGAUCUGACAGGUCCAGGAGUGCGUGUUUUUCAAGUUCGGUCACGAUACAUAAACGCUUCGAUUCACGACAAUGGCUGAACAUUGCGAAAACAGUGGAAAACCUGUAUUUGAUAAGCCUAAGAUUGAGCUACACGUGCAUCUUGAUGGUGCGUUUCGAAUAGAGACCAUUUUAGAUGUGGCAAAGAGGAGAAAAAUCACUCUACCCGUCGAAGAUAAAAUGAGAAAUCUGUGCACAGUAGCUGAGCCGUCCUCACUUAAAGAAUUCCUUGGCAAGUUCAAUCACUACAUGCAUGUCAUUGCGGGUGAUAGAGAAGCCAUCAAAAGAAUAGCUUAUGAGUUUGUGGAGACAAAAGCCAAAGAGGGAGUGAUCUACGUUGAAGCGAGAUACAGCCCUCAUCUCCUGGCCAACAGCGGUGUGGUUCCUAUACCGUGGAACCAAACAAAAGGAGACAUUACUCCAGAUGAGGUGGUGAAUCUGGUGACCCAGGGGUUUAGCGAGGGGGAGAAGGCCUUCAAAACCAAAGUCAGGUCCAUUCUGUGCUGCAUGCGUCAUGAACCAAGUUGGUCUAUGGACGUCAUCGAGCUUUGUAAGAAGUAUCGAAAUGAUGGAGUUGUGGGAAUAGACCUAGCAGGAGAUGAAUCCUUGAACUGUGAGUCAAAGCCAGAUCACAAGAAGGCUUUUGAGGAAGCAGUCAAAAGUGAUGUGCACAGAACAGUACACGCAGGAGAAGUGGGCCCUCCAUCUGUGGUUAAAGAGGCUGUUGACGUUCUAAAAGCAGAACGCAUUGGACAUGGAUACCACACAAUUGAAGAUGAAGCUCUAUACAAAAAACUGCUUAAAGACAACAUGCAUUUUGAGAUGUGUCCUGUCUCCAGUAAGCUGACAGGAGCUUGUGACCCUGAUUUUACGAAACACCCUCUCAUCAGAUUUAAACAGGACAAAGCCAACUACUCCCUGAAUACAGAUGACCCUAUGAUCUUCAACUCCACCCUUAACUCAGACUACCAGGUGGCACAGAAAUACAUGGGUUUUACUGAAGAGGAUUUCAAGAGAUUGAAUAUAAAUGCAGCGAAGUCUUGCUUCCUUCCCACAAAGGAGAAAGAGGAGCUUCUUUAUCAGCUCUAUAAGGCUUAUGACAUGGUGAACGACACCAGCUUUUGAGCCUCCCACCGCUUUAUACAGAGACGCAGUCUGCAGAGCCUUUUGAGAUGUUUGCCUUUACAUGAAUGUGAGAGUGGGCCCAGAGUCCUUGAAGCGUGACUCAAAUAUCUGGAGAACUCUAUGAAAUAUUUUGUAAACGACACAAAAUUCAUGGCAACUUUGACAUUUAGAAGUACACGUGCGCUCUGUCCACAUAAAAGUUGCAUUUGUCACAUUAAUAUUACAUUUUAGCUUGCUGUAUUUUUUCAUCAAAUGCUGUCGUCUAGGAGCUUGAGGGACAUUUUUCUCAUUGCAUUUUAAUGUUUAUAAUCUAAAUAUAUUGUAUUUGAUUGCAUAUGAUCUAAUGGAUGUAAUGUAUAACCCACUAUACUUCACGUUCUCAACAGUAUAUGGGCCUUUCUACAGAAUCGGUGCAAAAUCAGUUGCAAACAUCUUGAGUAAAUUGGGGGGUUUCCAGACUUUUUUAUGCAUAUUGUAUUAUAUCAAAGGUACACAUUUUUAGUAAUUGUGAAGUUCAUUUUCAUAUUGAAAUUUCAGAAAGUUUUGGAUUAUCUUUUCCCUCCCCAAAUUUUGUCACUACCGAAACACAAUAAUAUAUAAUUUAAUAAGGAUUAUAUUUACAUAUUAAGGUUUUGUCUAAAGUGGUCAUAUGACACGGCUAAAAUGAAUAUUAUCCUUUGUUUUAGAUGUUAUUCGACGUGUAUACACAAUUUAAGGUUAAAAAACACUGUGUUUUCCACAUACCGUGCAUGUUUGGAUCUCUGAAUUGCGCAGAUUUUUAACAAAGCUCAUCGCUCUGAAAAGCGAGGUGCGCUAUGAUUUACCAUUUAAAAUAUCUACUAAAAAACCUACAGCUCACAUACUAUAUCACUACUAAAAUACUAAAGAGUUUUGUUUAUUAGUUUUUUUGUAUGUGGGACAACAGUUUGCACGAAGUCUGUAGAAUGGCCCAUAUGUGCCCAGAAACCAUGGAAGAUGUGAGAAAAAAGUUUGUGAAUCUUAAGAACGUAAUGAAGUUUAGCAAAAACAUUUUGUUGUACAAAAUUAUUCAGGACUGUGUAUGAAAGGUGCUAUAUGAAUACAUUAAAUGGUAUAUUACAUAGUAUGUUAAAUACAUUACACCUGUACUUAUGUAUUUCACCAACGUCAUCAACCCGUAUCAUUAAACCUGAUUGCUGUGGUGCUUGUUUGAUAUACAGUAUAUAAACUAUAGGGUAACACUAUAAUAACCACUUUGUUGCCCUACCUUUGUUCUAACACCAGAGGGCAUUUACCAAUAGACUUACCUCAGGAAUUGUGUUUCAUCUAUCUAAAGGCUUAGAAUAAGAUUGCUAGUUAAUAAUCAGACUAGUGAAGAAAAAUGGUCAGGGCUGCAUUUUGUGAUGUAUAAUAUGAAAUGCAUUAAACAGUUGCAACAUAA